UGGAGACGCUGGAAGGGGCGGAGCUUCGGGAGCAGCAGAGACGAAAUUCAUUCAUGUGUUUGAGUGGAGUUUGUCUGAUCUGACAGCAGCUAUGACUGAGGGGACGCACCUGCGGAGGCGAGGGGGGCCUUAUAAGACGGAGCCAGCCACAGACCUGAGCCGCUGGAGACUGACCAACGUGGAGGGCAGGCAGACGUGGCGCUACCUGGAAGAUCAGGAGGCUGCAGACAGAGCGCAGAGCAUGCUGGAGGCCCAUUCGCUCGGCCUGGACACAAGUGACUUUGUGUCCGACUCCCCGGCCGCCCGCACCGCUGUGGAUGCCGCUGUGAAAGGCAUGCACUUCUACAGGCACCUGCAGGCCGAGGACGGUCACUGGGCAGGAGACUACGGAGGGCCCCUCUUCCUGCUCCCAGGUCUCCUGAUCACCUGCCAUGUAGCUAAGAUCUCUCUGCCUGAGGCCUGGAAGAAGGAGAUGGUGAGGUACCUGCGCUCAGUCCAGCUCCCAGAUGGAGGCUGGGGUCUACAUGUUGAAGAUAAGUCCACCGUCUUUGGCACGGCACUGAGUUACACCUCGCUCAGGAUCCUGGGAGUGGAUCCCGAUGACCCAGAUAUGGUUCGGGCCAGGAACAACCUGCACAGCAAAGGUGGAGCAGUUGGGAUCCCCUCAUGGGGCAAAUUCUGGUUGGCCAUUUUGAACGUCUACAGCUGGGAGGGAAUAAACACGCUCCUACCAGAGAUGUGGCUCUUCCCGACCUGGAUGCCGGCCCACCCAUCCACCCUGUGGUGUCACUGCCGGCAGGUCUACCUCCCGAUGAGCUACUGUUACGCUGUCAGACUGACUGCAGAUGAAGAUGCCCUGGUUCUCAGCCUGCGACAGGAGCUUUACGUGCAGGACUACGCCUCUAUAAACUGGCCGGCUCAGAGGAACAAUGUGGCAGCGUGUGACUUGUACACCCCUCACAGCACGCUGCUCACGGUCGCCUACAUGGUGUUAAACAUGUACGAAGCCCACCACAGCACCAUGCUGAGAGGAAGAGCGGUCAAACAGCUGUAUGAGCACAUCGAGGCUGAUGACCGCUUCACUAAAUGCAUCAGCAUCGGACCGAUCUCCAAGACUAUCAACAUGCUGGUUCGCUGGUAUGUCGAGGGUCCCUCCUCUCCGGCCUUUCAGGAGCACGUGUCCAGGAUCCCAGACUACCUCUGGUUGGGACUGGAUGGGAUGAAAAUGCAGGGGACGAACGGCUCUCAGCUCUGGGACACUUGCUUCGCUGUGCAGGCUUUCCUCGAGGCAGGAGCCCAGGACGACCCUAAACUAGCCGAAUGCCUUCGAGACGCCCAUCAAUUUCUCACCAUCACACAGAUCCCUGAGAAUCCUCCUGAAUAUCAGAAGUACUACAGACAAAUGAACAAGGGCGGAUUCCCCUUCAGCACGCGUGACUGUGGUUGGAUUGUGGCCGACUGCACAGCAGAAGGCCUGAAGUCACUGAUGCUGCUGCAGGAGCUCCGUCCCUCCAUCAGGCAGCCCGUCGCCGCCGGGCAUCUGUACGACGCCGUCAGUGUGCUACUAAGCAUGAGAAACACAGACGGUGGAUUUGCUACAUAUGAAACUAAGAGAGGAGGGAGACUCCUGGAGCUGCUCAACCCCUCCGAGGUGUUUGGCGACAUCAUGAUAGAUUACACAUAUGUGGAGUGCACCUCAGCAGUUAUGCAGGCUCUGAGGCACUUCCAGAAGGUCUACCCCAAUCACCGUGCUGAGGAGAUAAGGUCAACUCUGAGAGAAGGGCUGGAUUAUUGCAGGAAGGUUCAGAGACCUGAUGGAUCCUGGGAAGGGUCCUGGGGAGUCUGCUUCACAUAUGGAAUAUGGUUUGGUCUGGAAGCUUUUGCUUGCAUGGGUCACAUUUAUGAGGAUGGAGAUGCGUGUGAAGAGGUGCAGAAAGCCUGUCGGUUCCUGCUGGAUCGGCAGAUGUCAGACGGAGGGUGGGGGGAGGACUUUGAGUCGUGCGAGCAGCGGCGCUACAUGCAGAGCGGCGCCGCUCAGAUCCACAACACCUGCUGGGCUCUGCUAGGCCUCAUGGCUGUCAGGCAUCCUGACAGGCAGGCCGUUGAGAGAGGAGUACAGCUGCUGAUUGACAAGCAGUUGCCCAACGGAGACUGGCCACAGGAAAAUAUUGCAGGCGUGUUCAACAAGAGCUGCGCCAUCAGCUACACCUCCUACAGAAACGUCUUCCCGAUCUGGACCCUCGGCCGCUUCUCACGACUUUACCCCAUCAGUCCGCUGGCAGGGAAGGUCAAGCUCUGAAGACCGUCAAUAGGACUGAACAGACUGCAUGCCAAGAAAAAUCAAUAUCUCCAACAGAAAAUACAACAACAGAGAUUCAGUGGAUGAUGAAAUCUUUAAGUCACAGCUGAAUUGACAGGAAGAAUGUGCGCAUCUUUGUGUUUGAGGUGUGAACACAUUUCAUUCUUUGAAUUAUUUUUUAUGCAGAUAACUCCCCCGCUACAGCUCCUCCUUAAAAUCCUGUCACAGAUUCAUGUCCGUGUCGCCUUAAAUCCCCUUUUCCAUUUGAUUUUAAAAAUUAAAAAGCUACAGAGUUUGGCUUUGUAAUGUGUUCCCAUAAAUACAUAAAAUAUUUGUUUAUAUAUUCACACCAAGACUUCAUCAGAAGGUUUGAUGUAGUAUGGAGGGUUUCCAGAUCCCAGCAAAACUAGAUGUGUUGCAAAGAGACACGCUGAAAUCUGCAAAUCUUAUCACUUUGCAGUGAUAUUUUGGCAGCAAAAGACAAUGACACAAAGCUGCUUUCUGACCUGUGAGGCUGUAGGGUGGACCACUCAAAUACAGCAGACCGGGGGGGGCUGAUGAGUCCUGGAAAUAAAAAAAAAAAAGCUGAACAGCAAAGACAAAGAGCUGAAGUCACAGUGGGAAAGACUACGGGAUUUUAAACAGGGCAGCACAUCUGGAAGGAAAAACAGAUGCAAACACAGGAGAGACUAAUAAGGGUUGGGAAGAUAAUCGCAACAGAGGGAAAAUGCAGGAAAUAAAACUAGAACAAAGACACGAGAAACAAUUAUCAAAGUGAAACAGGAAGUGACCCAGAGACGAUAAAACUAUACUGAGAAAAUAAAACAGAGACCAAGGAAAGACUCUUUGGUUUAUUUAGGUGAUACUAAUCCUACCAUUGACUUCAGAGGGCUUUUUUUAAAGGAUGCAGUUCAGUGAUAGACUGUAUGAUGUACAACUAAAAGGCUUGAGCUGAAGUGUCUAAUGCAAACAUUCUAUAAAAUAAAAAUCUGUUCUUGGAAACAAACAUGCCAAAGAUUUAGAUCUGAUUAAUCCUGUGCUUUCUGUUUUUGUUUGGAUUUUUUUGCUCUUUGUUGGAGUUGGAGGCCUCCCAAGACACUGAUCAGGAAACUGGUUUGACUGCACCUCCGUCACAUGUGAAUACAAAUUCAACAGAAGUGCCAGUUAAGAUGAUAACACUUUGUUACUUUGUCUGUUCAUUUAAUGGAGUAUAUUUCGAGGCAUUUACCACAAUGUGUGGAUGGCCCUAAAAGUAAAGUCAGUGCUUUCAAAAAAUAUAUUCUUAAAUUAUCAAUCAGCCCAUUUCAUUUACUAAUUAUUCAAUAAAUCUCGCUACUGUCUGUUCCUCUUCUAUCACGCCAAUCAUUCAUUGGCUGGUGUAUUUCUAGGGACCCCGAGUUAGUGGAGUGCCAAGUCUUGAGGUCAUUGCAUGAAUUGUUCUCCUUUGGUAUUCCAUAAUUUGAUCUUCUUCGUUAGGAUAUUCACUAAUAUUUCUACCUUUUACCUCUAACCGUCACAAUGCGCCAAUUUCAUCACUCUGAUAGUCUGAAAGUCAAACUUGGAUCUCACAAAACUUGUUUUGUAUUUAAUUUGAAUUCUUUUUUUUGUCUUGACUUCAGUGACUUCUGUCACAUUGUUUGCAGUGGUCCUCGAGAGAGCUGCACACACAGCCGUGUGCCUGUUUUCAAAGCAGUAACUUUGUGCAUAUGAUGCAUUUAAGGGACUCCUGUAAGUUGUAACUACAAAAAAUAAUCCAGGUUACAUUUUCUCUGAAUGUGCACUGCAUCGAUCAUCUUAAAAAUGAAGACUUGAGACGUGCAGUCCUGAAGACUUUACCAUACCUGAGGGUUGACUUGAUUAUCAGAUGCCUUCUGUUCUUCUGCAUUAAAGCUUUGAUGAAAAUGUAAAUCUUGUAAAUCUACAUUAAAUGUUAACACACCAAGACAGACUUUCUAACUCUUUUCUGGAUUGUGUUUCAGGACCUGAGAAUUUUAACAAAACCAAAGUGCACUUAGACAAAAAUGUAAGUAUUAAGAAACAAGAAUGGCCUCUUAUUAUAUUUCCAACCAUAAAAAGUUAAAGGAUAGUCCAGGUUUCUUGAUUUAUGAAUGGAAACGAGCACCAUUAUUAGGUCUGGACUGGAGUGUGUAGCCUUGCGAUCAAAAACAACAACUCAAAGAAAAAAAAAGGCCUUUCUUCAGAGUUGGGCAGUACAUUUUUUUCCACCUGAUAACAUCAAACCAAACAAACAGGCCCCUGUCAAUAACACCCUUCACUCACCAAGCACAUAUUUAACCUACUGGUGGGCGUUCAACGUGCUUCAGGUUGAGUGCGGCUGCACAUAAAAAAGCAGAAGCUGACAGGUGGAGUCAGUGGAUCCUGUUACCAGCACACAAUUUUUGUGAACUCUCAGUGGAUCUGAAGUUGGAAGUUUAAAAUGUCUGGACAUGGUGGCAACCGUGGCGGACACUGCCACCAUGGACAUGGUGGUGGCCAUGGCGGACACGGGCACCAUGAACACGGUGGUGGCCAUGGCGGACACGGGCACCAUGGACAUGGUGGCUGUCAUGGCGGACAUGGGCAUGGACAUGGUGGGUGCCAUGGUGGCCGUGGCGGACACGGAUUGAUGAAGAAGCUUCGGCGCAGGCACAAGCAUGGACACAAGCAUGUCAAUUGCCACAAGAAGGGCAGAGAUUGUCACGGGUACUCCAGCAGCUCCUGCAGCAGUGACUCCGACUAGACGAGGAUUUCUGGAGGGAACUACCUGGAAACGCUACCAUUUUAUCCUAUAGAGUGAUCUGUUUGUUGAAAUGUUUUAGGAAUACUUAAAAAAAAAUCUCCUUAACAGAUGCAAGAAAAAAUACAUUAAAUAAACCAAGAACAUGUAAAACAAAAGACUGAUACAGUUUGAAAAACUGGAUGUAUUGGUUUGUGUAGUACCAUUUGAAUCCUUUGCUGUCACUAUGUUUGUUGUUGUGAACUGGGUCAUGUCAGGCAUGGCUCAAGUCUGAGAAACUCAGGACACUACAUUCUUAUGGGGUAGCAACCUGUUAUCACUUCCAUCAAUCUUAACAUCAAUAAAGAGUUCUUUACUGCA